CGGGGCCCGCCGGGAGCGCGGGCGGAGCGCUCGGUGUCCUGGGGCCGCCAUGCUGCCCGCCGCGCUGCCCGCCGCCCGCCGGGCGCUGCUCGCGCUGCCGCCGCUCCCGCUGCCUCCGCGCCCGCCGCUCCCCGCGCCCCGCGGGCUCCCCGCCGGGCUGCGGGCGCUCGGCACCGGGCCCGCGCGGCGCUCGGAGGCGCUGGCCGGGGCGCCGCUGGACACGGCCGCCAAGGAGUACUCGCCCAAGGUGCGGCAGCUGGUGCAGGACAUCGCGGGGCUGACGCUGCUGGAGGUGGCCGAUCUUAACGCGCUGCUCAAGGAGACGCUGAAGAUCCCGGACGUGGCGGUGAUGCCCGCGGCGGCCGCCGCCUCCCACCUGCCCGCGCAGGCGGCUCCGCAGGAGGAGGAGGAGGUGGUCCCGCUCAAGAAAGAGAAAACUCAUUUCACCGUCCGGCUGACGGAGAUGAAGGCCACUGACAAGGUGAAGCUGAUCAAGGAGGUGAAGAAUUUCGUGCCGGGAGUGAACCUCGUGCAGGCAAAGAAGCUGGUGGAGUCCCUUCCGCAGGAGAUCAAGGCGAACGCCUCCAAGGAGGAAGCAGAGAAGAUCAAAGCAGCGCUAGAGGCAGCAGGAGGGACUGUUGUUCUGGAGUAGUCCCACCAUGGAGAGACUGGUGCUGCAGCUGCUGCCCAAGCCGGGCUCCGGACCCUUCUGAGUGCGUGUGGCACAGUGGGAGCACGCUCCCCAGGAAUGCUGUGUGGUUUGGUGGAGCUGCUACUUCCUGCCAUCGCCAUGAACUCUA